GAGUUGGUAACACUGAUGUGAGGUUUCUUUACGUUUCCUACCUCUUUUAAUUUGUGAUACGUUCGCGUGUCGUUAUUAAAAAAUGACGAGUAAAGCGAAAGCGCUCAAGACAAAGGAAGGCGUUCCAGAAUAUAUACCAGAGAGAAAGAGGCCUUUCAAGAGACAUGGGCGUUUGUAUGCGAAAGCAAUUUUCACCGGUUACAAACGUGGAUUGCGUAAUCAACAUGAGCAUACUGCCCUGCUUAAGAUCGAAGGAGCUGGCACAAAAAAAGAUUCUGAUUUUUAUGUAGGAAAACGAUGUGUCUAUGUAUAUAAGGCUAAAAACAAGACUCUAGUACCUGGAAAGACUACAAAAAAAACAAAAGUUAGGGCCAUUUGGGGCAAAGUUACUCGUCCUCAUGGCGCAAGUGGAUCAGUUCGUGCUAAGUUUAAGAGGAAUCUUCCAGCCAAGGCUAUAGGGCCAUCGUAUUCGAAUUAUCUAAAAGAAAAGCAAGCAGGCAAAUCCAGCAGGAAAAAAGCAUCGUGUGCCGCUGGCUUUAUUCCCUGUUCCUGUUAUUGCCUAUGUUUUUUCAUUGUGCAUCCAGCUUUAUAA